AUGCUCAGAGAUUGCAAUGGAAAUAAAAAUGUACAGAAUGUGAACUAUGCACAUCAGGUUGAAGAAACUGGUACUUUGUUCUAUGCUUGCAAUGCUGCAACAGACGUGAAGGUGAAUCACUCAUGGUACAUUGACAGUGGUUGUGGUAAUCACAUGACAGGAGAUGAGAGACUCUUAGUCAAUAUUCAAAGGAACUUAACCUCUAAAGUAAAGAUGGAAACUAGAGAAAUAGUUCCAGUUGUAGGAAAAGGGACUUUUGUGAUAGAAACCAAGUUGGUUAGGAAGCACAUUCAAGAAGUAAUGCUUGUACCUGGUCUUGAAGAAAAUCUAUUUAGUGUUGGACAAAUGAUGGAGCAUGGGUACUAUCUUAUGUUUGGAGGGAAUGUGGUGAAUAUCUAUGAUAAUUGGUCACUAGACAACCUCAUUGUUAGAGUUCAAAUGACAACUAACAGAUGCUUUCCUCUUACAAUGAUGCCUGCAAGUGAUUUGACUUUAAAAGCAAGUGUUACACAUAGCUUGCAGAUAUGGCAUAAGAGAUUGGGGCACUUAAAUGAAAGAAGCAUCAAAAUGCUUGAGGAUCAAGGAAUGGUUCAUGGCUUGCCACACUUGGAGCAAAUUUCAGUCUUGUGUGAAGGCUGUAUGCUAGGAAAACAACACAGAGAUUCUUUUCCCUCAGAAUCCACUUGGAGAGCUAAGUGUCCACUAGAAUUGGUUCACACAGACAUCUGUGGACCAAUGCAGACUGAAUCUAUCUCGGGAAACAAAAAGUUCAAGGCUAUAAUUGAGCUGCAAAGUGGAUAUAAGAUAAAAGGCUUGAUGAGUGAUAGGGGUGGAGAGUUUUUAUCAAGCGAAUUUAACAAGUAUUCUGAAGAAUUUGGAAUUCAAAGGCAGCUAACUAUGGCAUACUCUCCUCGGCAAAACAGAGUAGUCGAGAGAAAGAACAAAACAGUGGUGGAAAUGGCAAAAUCCAUGCUGCAUGAGAAGGGUAUUCCUUAUGAAUUUUGGGCAGAAGCUGUAAAUACUGUAGUCUAUUUACUAAAUAGAUGUCCCACCAAAUCUCUCAAGAAGUUUGAUGAGAAUGGCUCAUGGAAGUGGGAGAAUGCAAGUGCAGGGGAAAUGACAGCCCCUGUGCCUACUGAGAAUCAAAACUGUGAUCCAAGUAGUACACUGCAAGAUGAAGGAAUAAGUGAAAACCCUCAAGCUAUUGCUCACACACCAAAGAAAUGGAGAAGUGUUAACGAAAUCAUGGCUCAGUGCAAUAUGUGCAUUGUGGAACCUGAAAGUUUUGAAGAAGCUGAUCUUGAUGAGUCAUGGAGAAAUGCAAUGAAAGCUGAGUUGGAAAUGAUUGAGAAAAAUAAUACAUGGAAACUAGUGGACAAACCAUUUGGCAAGCCAAUCAUUGGUGUCAAGUGGGUCUAUAAAACGAAGCUAAAUCUUGAUGGAUCUGUGCAGAAAAACAAGGCCAGACUUGUGGCAAAAGGCUACUCUCAGAAGCCUAGAAUAGACUAUAAUGAGACGUUUGCCCCAAUAGCAAGAUUGGAUACUAUUAGAACCUUGAUAGCACUUGAAGAAGUUUAUGUUGAGCAGCCACAUGGUUUUGUGAAGGAAAAUCAAGAAAUCAGAGUGUAUAAGUUGAACAAGGCUUUGUAUGGACUAAAGCAAGCCCCAAGAGCUUGGUAUGAUGAGAUAGACUCUUACUUCAACAAGGCAGGAUUCAAGAAAAGUCCUAGUGAAGCUACACUCUAUGUCAAAACUAGUGAAGCUUCAGGUAUUCUUAUCGUUUCACUCUAUGUGGAUGAUAUUGUCUAUACUGAAAGCUGCCCAAAGUUACUUGAAGAGUUCAAAAAUGAUAUGAUGCAACAUUGUGAAAUGACUAAUCUGGGAUUACUCUACCAUUUUCUUGGCAUUGGAGUAGUACAAACAGAUAAACACAUCUUUCUUCAUCAUAAGAAAUAUGCCUUGAAGGUUAUUGAAAAGUUUGGAUUGAAGGAUUGCAAGUCUGUGGUAACUCCACUAGUUGCAAAUGAGAGGUUGUGCAAGAAAGAUGGCAGUGAGGCAACAAAUGAGAGUGAAUACAGACAGAUUGUAGGUAGCCUUCUAUAUCUGACAGCUACAAGACUAGACAUAAUGUUUGCCUCUAGCUUGCUUGCUAGAUUCAUGCAUAAUCCUACUAGAAAACACAUGGGAACAGCCAAGAGGGUAUUAAGAUACAUUCAGGGCACACUUGACUUUGGAAUUGAAUUUAUAAAAGGGAAGACAGCUACCUUAAUAGGGUAUUGUUACAGUGACUGGGCAGGAAGUGAAGAUGACAGAAGAAGUACUUCAGGAUAUGCAUUCACAUAA